CCUCUCCCUUCAACCAAUUUACCAAACACCCCCUACCCCUACGCCUACCCCCCCCCCCACGCCCUCACUGCCCCGACCCAUAUAUACAUACCAUCUACACUUCUCCCCAAAAUAAAUCAAAAACCCUAUCUCCCCCUCUCAAUUACACCUCCAAAAUCCCCCAAAAUAAAAAAUCCAGCUCAAUUUUUGUGUGUAUGUGUGUAUAUAUUUUUUACUUCAUACAUGUAAAAGAUCAGAUUUGUUUCUAUUAUUCGCACAUUUAUUCUUGAAAUCUACAUGAAAUUAGCAAUAACUAGUGAUUUUUAUUUUUAUUUUUUUACUUUUUUUUUUUAAAGCAAUUUUGAAUGUAACCCAUGUAAAAUAGUUCAAAUUUAGGGUUAGGGUUAGGGUUACGGUUCUAGUUUGUUUUAUCGAAGAUUUUUGAUCAAAGUGAUGGAAAUGGAAGGUUCUAGAAGACCAUUUGAUAGAUCAAGAUUGGAACCGGGACCUAAAAAACCACGAUUAAUCGAAACCCCCCAAAUUGGAAAUGAACGCGAGCGCGGUUCUAAUGGGCGUAAUAGUUUUAUUCCUCAACGAACAGUAGCAACAGCAGCUCAACAACACGAGGAGUUAGUGAAUCAGUAUAAGACGGCGUUAACUGAAUUGACAUUUAAUUCGAAGCCAAUAAUAACGAAUUUGACUAUUAUUGCUGGUGAGAAUUUGCAAGCUGCUAAGGCAAUUGCUGCUACUAUCUGCAACAAUAUUAUUGAGGUUCCUAUCGAGCAAAAACUGCCAUCUCUAUAUCUUUUGGACAGCAUUGUGAAGAACAUUGGGCGGGAUUAUAUUAAGUAUUUUGCCACCAGGCUACCUGAGGUUUUCUGCAAAGCAUAUAGACAGGUUGAACCUUCAGUACAUCCAGGGAUGCGGCAUCUUUUUGGAACCUGGAAAGGAGUAUUUCCCCCUCAACAACUCCAAUUAAUUGAGAAGGAGCUCGGAUUUGCGACUGGUGUCAAUGGCUCUUCAUCAGGGACAUCUAGGCCUGAUCCACAGGCUCAACGACCUGCACAUAGCAUUCAUGUAAAUCCGAAAUAUCUGGAGGCGCGGCAACGCCUACAGCAGUCAACCAGGCCAAAAGGAGCAGUCAGUGACAUCAAUGUAAAUGAGGAUGUAGAGAGACCAGAGAGAACAACCAGUGUUAGUUCUGGAAGAUCAUGGAUUGAUCCUUCUAUUAAGCGUGCUCAGAAAGAUAAGUUGAAUGAGCAUGUUCCUGAGAAAGCUAUCACUGCAGCGUAUGGAGAUUCAGAUUAUGUUUCUGAUCUGCCGAGACGUUCUGCCUUUGGAGUAGGAAGAGGAGGUGAAAGAUUUAAAGAACAGGGGUUUGAUAAACCUUGGUAUGAUUCUGGAACUGGUAAAAUAUUGAGCCAAAGAAGUGGCUUGGACAUUAAGCAUGGUUUCCAAAGUAUAGCCCAAAAAUCUUCAACCUCUGAUGCACAUCCACAACUGAUGCAGUCCUUACCAAAUAGGAGCUGGAAGAAUUCUGAGGAAGAGGAGUACAUGUGGGAUGAUGUAAAUAGUGCAGCUAAAGACCGGUGGGCAUCUGAGGAUUCAGAUAAAUCUGACUUAGAGAAUCAACUAAGGAGACCACAAAGCACAAGGGAGGUUGGGUUAAGGGCUGAUAGUGAAGCCUCAGCUGAUUCUCUCUCUGCUGAAGAGAGAGGGCCAGCUUCUUUUGUGAAUCAAAUGUCAGCAAUGUGGUCCAGAGAAUCACCUUCUUUAGAUGGAGCUAGGCAUUCUGCUUCUGUUCAAGGUGCUCCAGUUCAUCCAGAAGGCUAUCAAACUUCUUUCGGUGGGUUGCCAAAAGCUACAAAUUCAAUAGGUAGGGCAUCUUACAAGUUACAGACAGGUUCAGUCCAUGUUGGUGCGCCAAAUUUUGUGCCGGUGAAUGCUACUCUGGAAUCCAGGGAUUCCAUAGUGCAACAGGGAGAGACACUCAGAGCUGCCUCUCCCUCUGCUCAGUCACCAAUGCAUCAGCGUCCUCCAUCCCCGUCACUCAUUACAAGCAACACUAAUCAAAUAGUUAACAGUCUUGGUGAGCAGUACCAGACGCAAAUCAGUUCUCGUUCUGAUCCAAGACUAUCCCAAUUCUCAAGGAGGUCAAAUUUAGAUCCCCGUAAUCAGUUUGUCCAGGAAUCUCUGGCAAUGCCAUCUCGGAAUACGGUGUCAGUUAAUUCACAAAGACAACAGCCUCCAGGUUUGCAGAAUUCGUCUGCCUUGGCUUCUUCUCAUCAGUUGAGACAUAGUGUAAAGCAGGAAAGCCUGGAAUCUGAAUAUUCUGGUCAAACCCAGACAACAGUUCCUCAGAUUUCAGGUUUUCCUGAUUCCUCUAGCACUAGCAGUUUGUUGGCUGCUGUUUUAAAGAGCGGAGUCAUUGGUAGUAAAUCAAGUUCUGGUACUACACUGAGUUCUCUUGAUAAGGGUGCUCUGUCAUCCCUAGCCAGUGCACAGCCUCUUCUCACCCAGUUCUCCCCAUCUGGACCCAGGAUCCCACCAGCCUCUAAUUCUAGUCUAUCGUUGGACAGAAAUGCCUCAAAGCCUCCAAAUUAUUCCCAGAGAAAUGUAGAACAUCCACCAUUGCCACCUGGGCCACCUCCAACUCUUGGAGGGAGUGCAUUGUUGCUUCCUUCAAAUGCGCCAAAUACUGCUUCCAGCCCUCUAUCAAGUAUUUUGAGUACAUUGGUGGCGAAGGGAUUGAUAUCUGCAUCAAAGGAGGAGCCACCUACUUAUGCUCCUUCAGAUACACCUCCUCAAAUUCAGAACCUUAUUCCACCUGCAAGAUCCAUUUCAACUCCUGCUUCAUCUGCUCCAAUAUCCUCAUCUGCUCCUUCCUCAGCUUCCAAGGAUGAGCUUUCUCUCUCAAAACCACUCGCUGAAGCUCCUAAGGCCUUACUUCAGUCCGCGAAGGAAGAGAUAAAAAGUCUCAUUGGGCUUGCAUUUAAGCCAGAUGUGAUUCGGAAGUCCCAUCCUGCUAUGAUCAGUGAACUGCUUGAUGACAUUCCACAUCAGUGUGGCAUAUGCGGUUUUGGACUUAAACUCCAAGAGAAACUUGAUAGACACUUGGAGUGGCAUUCAUCAAGAAAUCCAGACGUCAAACUGUUGAAUAAUUCAAGGAAGUGGUAUUUGAAUUCUGGGGAGUGGAUUGCUGGAUUUGGUGGCGUCCCUUGUGGUGAUAAGUGCAAAGGACCAGAUGGAGAUUCUAGUGAAGCAUCAGAAUGUACUGAGGCAAUGGUUCUUGCAGAUGAAAGUCAAUGUGUGUGUGUUUUGUGUGGUGAGUUUUUUGAAGACUUUUACAGCGAAGAAAGUGAUGAAUGGAUGUUCAAAGAUGCUGUUUACAUGAGUAUUCCAAGUGAGAGUGAUUGUCAGGGUCCGAUAGUCCACAAGAACUGUAUUUCAGAAACUUCCUGUCAAGAGUUGGGGCUUGCCUAGGUGUUGGAUGCUUGAUGUUUGUUCUGUUAAUCGAAGAUAACCAGGUUCAUUUUGAAUUACUUGUAAUGCUUAUACAUCAUCUUGUUAAAGCCUCUCUCCCAUACUUUUGUUUGUAAUGACGAUGAAAUGGAAAUUGUAGAUGCUAGAACAGUUUGCGCGUCACAUGUUCCACACUUUGAUAUUUUCUGUCCACUUACAUUAUCCUCAGCGACGUUUUCAGUUUCAGUUACUGAUGCUGUUGAACAAAAAUCAUCCAGCAAGCUAUACUGAGUGUGCAUCAGUUUGUUAUCUUGAGGCUCUUUUAGGUUUGGUUAAAGUACAUUAAAGGAUAGAACUUUUACCAAUUAUCUAGCGUCAGCAGUGUUGUCCCUUUUCAGCUCUCGGACAGUAGGGCUAAUCUUAGAUGAUAGGUAUUUCCAGAUUUUGAUGGAAGUUCUUGGUUUAUCGGGAUGUGUAAUUCAUAGCCUGUAUGUUUUCAUAAGUCCUUAGUUUUUACUUUCUAGUAUAAAGUAGGUGUUUCUUGAAGCUGUCGACUGAGCACAUUUGCGCUUGUUGCUGCUCAAGCUGAUGAGGAUCUUUACAGACAACCAACUUCUGUGGAAUUUGUCAUUGUGAAAUUUUAUGCUCAACACUAUAAUCCUCAGUUUACUUUCUCUUGCUGCAUAUUAAAUGGCCGCGAAUUUGGAAUCGUGGCAUUAGGAAGAGAAAAAGGGGAUCAAACUUGUAUUGAUCGUGCAUCGCUCCGCCUCAUUGUCAUCCCUCUUCUUAUGAGCAAACUUCUUGUGUCAACAAGAUUUGUUUCAAAGCGAUUGUAAAGGGUUGACACUAUAAACCUUUAGUUUGAACUUUGAAUUUUGUUCUUAGUGAAUUUUAAUGUUGUCUUAAGUUGGGGGCUC